UGGAUGUUGACGUAAAUAUGCCUGCGUCCAAUCGGACUCUAGUUGCUAGUCAAUUGUUUCUCUACGUCACAUUCUCAGGAGAUUACAAUAAACUGAGCACGACACUGAAACAACUGUCAUUAUGACCACAGAAACCUUUGUGAAAGAUGUGAAGCCUGGACUGAAAAACUUAAGUGUUCUAUUUAUAGUCCUGGAAACAGGAAGAGUAACGAAGACUAAAGAUGGCCAUGAAGUGAGAACAUGUAAAGUGGCUGACAAAACUGGUAGUAUUAACAUCUCUGUUUGGGAUGACUUGGGGAACUUUAUUCAGCCGGGAGACAUAAUCAGGCUCACUAAAGGAUAUGCUUCUUUAUUCAAGGGCUGCCUGACUCUCUACACAGGAAGGGGAGGUGAUCUACAGAAGAUUGGAGAAUUCUGUAUGGUUUAUUCCGAAGUGCCCAAUUUUAGUGAACCCAACCCAGAAUAUAUUGCCCAGCAGUCCCAAAACAAGCAGGCUCAGGCAGAGAGUGGCACUGGGACAAACAGUCACAAUUCAUCCAGUCCAGCUCCUCCAGCAUCUGAUCUAGAAAAUGGCAAUGGAUCGAACAGCUCUGGGCCUCCUACCCAUCAAUCCACAGCACCUACUCACUCAACCAGCGGGCGGAUUACACGCAGCCAGCCUAACCAUUCAAUUCCCGGAGCUCCAAACUCUGUCAGUAAUGGCAAAGAGCCACGGCGCACAGGGAAAAGAUAGCAGCCAUAGCCUGUUCCUCAUCUGAUUAGAGAAUUCUCCUCCCUUCGCCCAAAGCACAUAUGCCAAGUGUGAAGGGGGAAUUGGGAUGAUGUUACUUACUGACUUUUAUAAAAGAAUAGUCCAGGCAUCUGUUUUGCACUAGUAGAAAAGACAUUGAGUGAACGCAAGCCAAAUCAAGGGUGCGACGUGGAGUAUAUUGGCCAAUUCAAACAUGUUUUCCGAACGCCUUAUUGUAUUUAGACAGAUUUUAGGAGCUUCUUGUUGUUAAAACUUUAAGAUCUGAAAUUAUUUUAUACACUGCUUUUUUUCCACUCCCAAAUGAAGGUGGAAUCGGGACUUUUACUAAAAGACUUCACAUUUACACUGCAACGGUUUCUUAUGGCAAAAACAGAAUCAAUCAUGUAAUAUACUCGUAUACCAUAUGCGUGUAACCCCCUGCAAAAUGAAAAUGUGGUAUUGCCUUUUAGAAUUAUACACUAGGCUACUGGCAUUUGCUUUGUUUACAAUGCCAGUUGUUAAGAUACCAGUACAAAAGCAAUAUUGUGCAGAAGAAAAGCGUCCCAGUGAAUUCAACAUUGCCAGUAGGCUGAUACUUCUGUUGUUAUUCUAAAUGAUACAAUAGAACCAUUAAACAUACAAAGCCACCCUAAAAAGCCAGUGGUUUUUAUUUGUCAGAAUGAUGUUUUAGCAGGUAAAUUUGAAUCUUUCUUACAAUACUGAAUAAGGCCUUACUGUUAGAGAAGCAGCAUAGACAUAGACCAUUCCAAUAUAAAGUGCUUAGUUUUGCCUGGUUUCCUGCAGCGUGUUAGGGAUCAGAGGUGCCAUGCAGUGAUCAGGACAAAUAAGGAUCCCUUCCCUGUGUUCUGUGAACAUAAAGGUUGCUUUUAAUGUUGCCAGGCUUUAAUGGAAGGGAUUGAGUAUGUAUCAUUUUUACACUAAAUUUAGGUUUUCCAUCUCUGCCAAAAGAAAGUGCCAUCUGUACUGUUGUAAGUCCUUUAAAUUUGUAUAAAUUUGCACCACUAACCCAAUAAUAAGGCAUUAAUUUGGUAAAAAUGAAAUCGGAAUAUGGCUAAUAACAUGCAGGGUAGUCCCAGGUGUUUUGUUGCUGUGCAAUCGAUCCUAAACAUUGCUGCCCAACCACCAUGCUGGAAGGUGCUUGGGUGCCCAGACACUCAGUCAUUCGUUAUUCUAAGAAAAAAAGCAGCGAGGGCCUUUAAGAAACCAGCAGUAGGGCCCUGCAGGAACAAUGAAGAGCUUGUUUUAUUGUAUUUGUUCCUCUCCUGGGCCUUCUGGAUCUGGAGCACAGGCAACCUAAUAUUGGACUGUCUAUUUAUUUUGAAAGUGGCUGACAUUCAUUUUUUGUUUUGAGUUAAAAUAAAAACCUAUUGUGAUUCCUUA